GGAUAGUCGCUCCCCAUCUCACUGCAUGUAUGAGAAAUGACAAGCUGGGGGAGGCACCCGUCCUCCAAAAUCAGACCACGACGGCAGCCGCAACGACAUCAUCACAGCCAACCCAGCCUCAGGGUUACAAAACGCUGCGGAAGUGAGCACCAUGCCCGUAACCAAUGCGCCAUCGGAAUCAAGCUUCCCACCAGAACCCCAACCAUCCCGGAGCAAGAAGGAGCCAAACCGCCACUCUACCGGCACCGGCAAACACCACCAUUCCAAACACCGCCACCGCUCUCCCCAAAAAUCCAGCACAGGAAAACACAAGGGGAGAAAAACAAAAAUGGCAAAGCUGUUCAAGAGAAAGGAUGAUAAGGGAAAUGAGGGCCACCACCAUUCCAGCAGCGGCCACCGUUACCGCCACCAAUCACCUUAUAAGGGUUAUGGUCGCUCACACAGUGCAGACUAUAACCUGGAUAGCCGUCACAGGGGACAUCGCCAUGGCCGUUCCCCUGACAGACAUCAUGGUCACCACUCCUCUCCUCACCGCCGCCACCGCUCACCUUAUCGUUCUCCCUACCGCUCACCUCACCGCCACAGGUCACCCCACCGCUCUCAUCACCAUUCUCCCUACCGGCGACGUGGUCACUCCUCAGAUCCGUAUCAACGAUAUGCCUCCCCAGAGAGACAGAAUGACCAUAAUAAUGAGAAGCCCAAUGGAGGAGAGGGCGUACUGACGGAGCCACCCAAGUCUCCUGAACCUAGCCUCCCUCCUGAGAACAUUUUCCUCCCUGAGCCCCCAGCCCUGGAUCGACUGAACAGGGAGGUCACACUUCCACAGCCUAGUAGGGACGCGCGCUAUGGGGAGGACAGCCUGCUAAUGAAAGUUUCCUCUAUGGAGAGAGCUUACAAAGGGGACAGCCUGCUGAGAGAUGUGGCGUCCUAUGGCCAGAGAGACACCACAUUACCACGGGUACGAACCACUGAUUCAGACUCGGCCUACAAGAAGUACAGCUCACUGCUGAGGGGCCGCUCACCUGAGAGAACAGCCAGACAGGACCGCUAUCCCAGCCGGGGUAGUUCUCCUGAGCUGCAUUAUCGAGGCCGCAGUCUGGGACGAGAUGUUUCCCCAGUCAGAAGGUAUGAGUCAGAAGAUGAAGAAGAUGAUGAUUAUUUUGUCGCGGAUAAGGUGAGAGAGUACUACAGCACGCUCAAGUCCAACACCAAUCGUCCCAACAAGCCCACGAUCCCUGAGCCCAAGAGGAAUUACAAGGAAAACCCCAAAGUCUUGAGCAUCUGAUUUGGCGGCGAUCAGCCAAUAACGACCAGCCACCUCCAAAACACCUCAAAUUUUCAUGUGGUUCUUCACAUGCAAAAAUACACAGAUGAUUUCACACAAAUAUCAGAAGCCACACACAGACACACACACACAGACACAGACACACGCCGGAAAACAGUCUGAUUGUGUAACCGUGCUGAGUUACUAACAGCGAUUCCAAAACUUUUGAAGCCUUUUGCUUUUUGUUUUUUUCUUUUUAAAUCGUAUUUUUUAAUUUUCCUUUUUGUUUUUUGUUGAACAUUCUACAUUUACAGUAACUCUUUUACAGAAAAUGUAAAACCAUAAAAAACAAUUAUGUGCCUAACAGUUCCAUUAAUGAGCAAUGUUUGUUUAUGACUCAAUAUUUGACGGGCCUUUUGUUUCGCACUGUCAGACGAUGAAAUGUAUUCUCCACGAGGAGCCAAUGGAAGGACCGUGCACCUGGUAUACCAGAAGUCACAAUAAUGCUGUGCAUGUCGUUAAAGGUUUCAAUGUCUUUUCUCUGUCUCUCCCCCACACUUUUUUCCUUCUCUCUCUCUCUCCCUCUCUCAUGCUCUCUCCCCCCCCCUUCCAGUGCCACUGUUUUUUAGACAUUUGACCAGACUAUAGCACAAGCCUGCAUUUGUUUGUAUAUUUUUGACUGUUUGCAGUAUGUGUACAUUCAGAGGUGAUCAUUUUAAAUGAUUGAAGGGAAAAUUAAAAGUUAAACUAUGAUGAUGAUGAUGAUGAUGUUAAAAUAAAAUAAUAUAUUCAACAAAUGAA